UUUUAUUGAUAAAUGCUAGGUAAAUAUGAAAGCAAUAAUGGAACUAAAAAUUAUGAAGAGGAAAAGCAUCAACAACAAGCUGAUGGAGUUAAGGUAAACUAUAAUGUCCAUCAGAAGCCUUUGAACUUGACGCUAAACUCUCUUAGUAUGGAGAUGAUGACAGCAUCGACUCCUUCUCCUUUUUCUACACAAUACAAGAAAAUGGAGAAUAUGAAACAUGGGUGAGAAAUUCCAGAGAACUUUCAAAGACUUGGGAUAAACUCUUCCUCUCAUCCUCUCUCUAUGCAUAAUCCUUCAAUAGGUACUGAAAAUGCCUAUCAGCCAUUAGCAUCUUUAUCUCUUCCCAAUUAUUCACCUUAUUUGACUCCACCAGUCGGCCAAACCACUCAAAUGUUCUUUCCUACUACCUCAAAAUUUCACCCUAAUGCAGUAAAAACUAAACUGCAAAGUGAGAAAGCCAAAAGCCUGGCUUCCAAAAAGAAGAGAAACAAAAGGAAGAAAUGCAAUGGAGUCUACUGUACUUGUGGUCUCUCCGAAGAAGAUGCUUACUUGGCCAAUUACAUGUUCAAGAAGAACAACGUUAAGUUUAUGGAAGAACUUCAGCCUUUUCAUUAUGAAAUUUGCGAGAAGCGCACAGAAGUUACUAACAAGAAAGCUUUCGAAUUUGAAUGCAAGUUUAAUGGCAACUGCAAUAUGAGAUUCGAACGCGCUUGGAACCUACUAGACCACUGUAGGAUGCACUAUGGUAUCAAGCCCUUCCAGUGUGAAGAGUGUGGGAGAAGCUUCACUCAGAGAGGAAAUCUGGGGAAGCAUAAACUCACUCAUAAUAAAGAAGAAUAAAUUGUUCCUUAAGAAAAAUUUUGAAUUUAAA